GCUACUUCCCUGUAAAUGAAAUCAAUAGAUUACCUUUUCCAGGGACCAGCUAUGAACCCAAAUACUCUGCUUCUCUCUACCAACUUAACUGCAGCUAAUGAGGUACCAUUUCAACACUGAUUUCCUGUUCAUGACUUUGAUUUCCUUUUACAACCAAUGUGUUAUAAUCCAGCUUCCCUUCUUCCAUACUACCAGUCACAGGUCUUUCUUCCUGAACCCAAUCAGGAAACAGAGAAUAUCGAAGCUAAGAUUGGAUUAUGGAGGUGUUCGAUCCGGAAAAGGAUGUGCCUUUAGCCCGAAAGAAGUUGGUGAUACAUCACCAACCCUUCUGCUUUGAGGUGUGGGAGAGUGAGAAGUAUAAACGACAGUAUUUCGUUAUAUCCCAGAACCGCUCCUCGAUUUCUUUCCCAACUUCUGCCUCUUAUAGCUUCUUGGAUGCUUUUGAUGGGUUUUGCGAGGGUUUCGAGAAACAACUGCAAGAGGGGAAUUUUAGCAGGAAAGAAUAUUCAUUGAAUAUCGACGACAUGGUUUUUUCCUUCACCAGUGGAAAAGACAGAUGGGGUCCCCUUAUUAAGGUUUCAGAGGCAUCAAGUACCCAUGACAAUAAUAGCAUAAUAGUACAAUCUGGAUGCAAUCGGAGGGGCCAAAAUGAUGGCUGGAAAUUGUUUAAGGAGACAUUAGCACGUAUUACUAGAAACAUAAGGGUUUUUUACCCUCCGCAUGAGCUUAUAUGCAAUCCUCCAAAACAAAUUGUGGAGGUGGCAGAGGCCAAAGCUGUCUUCACUACCAGUCAGAUUGACCAUAAGUCUUCCGCAGUGCAGCUGAAUAUAGAGUCUUCACAAGAUGAAAAUAGUACCUCUGGUAUUUCUAAAAUGAUGACAUCAGAUGACAGGAGGUUCUUCUUUGAUCUUGGAAGCGAUGAGGGGCUAAAAAUAUCGGAGGUUAGUGGUGACAGGCAGUCCUCCAUUACAGUCCCACUGACAGUGCUGAGUGAAUUUCAUGAGAUAUUGGGUCAGUACAUUUACCUUGGGACUACCAAUGAUUCAAAGAAGUUGGCAAGUGAAAAGGGCAUGGAGUAGUGUGGCAGCCCUCUCAUUAGUGUGCAUCAUAAAGUGAAUGAAGAGGGGAUCCCUUGUGCUUCAGAAAAAGUGAAACAGAAGCCAUUCAAGGAGUCAAAGAGAAAUAAAUAGGAGAGAUGACAGCAUGCUAAGCAAGAAAAAUCUGAAGUCUCAGAUGGACAUAAUAAAUUCAUAUUGUGGAAGGUCUAUAGAUAAUAGAUCAGAUUGUCUCUCAUUUCAUCUUUAACAACAGAACUUGUUCAACCUUUUUGAGAAUGUCCUCGCAUUUUUAGAAAGUAUAUUUAUUCCCAAUUCCUAAUACCUAACUCUUACCUAGAAUCAAUCAUGAGGUUGAGAAAUAUUAGGGUUACCCCCUUUGCUACUCUCCCAUAGGUAUUUCGGACCUGUUUAUGGUAGUUCUUUCAGUAGUCAAAGUCGGAAAAAAAAAUGUUUGCCUUCUUUGUUAGGCACAGAGGAAUAAAACUGGGAAGUUACUUUCCUAAUUGAAUGCUAAGACAGUGUUUCAGCUUAAGGAUUCACCCUUUGCUUAGCUUGGUACCCAGCAAUUGGUAUUAGAGCUUUCAAUCUUUGUAGAAGCGAUGGCCAUGACUUGAGAAAGUCUUGAGGAGAUCGAAGCUGCAAUCUGAAGCAUCACAGUUAAGGUUUCAGCAUAUUGAGGAUCCUCUUUAAACUAGAUCGAGCGAUUACGAAACUGAGGGUCUUAUUCACAUGACCAUUUUGCGGUUAGGAUAGAAAAUCUGAAAACAAGUGACUAAUCCCCGUCAGUGGAUUCCUCAAGCCAAAACUUCUCUCUUUAUCCUGCACUAGUCGCUCCACAAGAUGGCUCCAGAGCCAGCUCUCAUUUUGAAGAGGAUGAAGAGUUUAAGAAGAAAAUCUUGUCGAAGAAAAUUGUUGAAGAAGAUGAGCAAUCUGACAAUGAAUGAUGAAACAGGGAUGAAGUGGAGGAGAAACCCCUCAGAAAAGACAUCUCCUAUAAUUUGGAAACACAAACAAGGAUUCGAACUAUGAACCCAACGAUGCAAGCUUAGCCCAAUUUCUUGUUGCUUCCAGGCGCAAAUUAUCAGGUUUGCCCAUGGCAUUCGCUAGAUUUUCAGCCCAAGGAGGUUUCUAUGUUCCAAAGUUUUGCCAAUAUGAUCCCAUAAUAUAUCAGAGUAAUAACUCUAGAACUAGAACUGGGUAUGGGUCUUAAAAUUUAAUUGGAAUUACCUUCCCUCGGAAAAAUCUACUUGAGAUAUUACUGAGUUUCUGAAAGAUCAGAUUUCAAGAUCGUACCAUGAGAAUAAUAUUCAAGUUCUAGAGGAGAUGAAUGUUGGAGACGAUAUCUAUUCUCUGCCAACGUGCAAGCCAAAACUAUCCUGUAGUAGAAGAAUUCUAUCAUGCUAUAUUGAGUAUGUCUGUUAUUGGAUUUCCUUAUUUGUAGGAGUAAGGUUUCUGUUAUUGGAUUUGCUUACUGUAAAAUUUUCCUUAGUUCUUUUUUGUGUUUCUUUGUCUAGAAUCUAACAAUCAUUACUUUCUUAGUUCGUAUAGAUUAUUGAGUUAUUAGCCUUCCCGAUUCUUUCCCAAAUCUGAAUCCUAAGGCGCCAUUCUAGCCUGAAGAUUUACCUGUUGCUUAGCCUGGUGUCCAUAUUAAUCACAUGCUAGAGGGAGGCUAAAGUAUUGAUUAUUCAUUGAAUUCAUGGCGAACUUAGUAAAUCUUAUUAUGGAAAGGCAUUUAAAGACUUAAAAGGUAUAAAAAUUUGAAACAUUUUCUUAAUAUGCCAAUCGUUGUGCCUAUUCUACUUUCCUCUAAUAAGAUCCAGUUCAUGAUUGUGUUCAGUGUUGACUUUCGUUUUUAUAUUGUAUAUUGUCUUGAAUAUCUGUUUCUAUAUGCUUUCUUUCAAGUCUAUUCAGCUUUGAAUCUUCUGUUGACUUCUUUUUAAGUGUCUGUUUCAGUUCAUUCUGUGAACACCGUCAAAAUUGUGUUUUUUGCAAUGCCACUGGCUUAUGAGGCAAUGUUUCAGAGCGGUUGUUAAAGCAAUAAGUCGUGGGCUGAAUAUCAAUAUCCCUGGAGGCAGUCCUCUAUUUCUACUUUCCCAUCUGGCAAUGGCGAUCAAUAAAGAAUUUUUCGAGUAUUGGGUUGAAGCUGGGUGUUGACGUAUCAGAAAAACCUGUCAAUGAUCGUGGUGUUCUAUUUUUUGAGACAGGCUCGCAGCAUGUGCAUGUUGGUGUCGGAGGGAUCAACUGGGUAGACUGAAAUGCAUAAUGUCCCUUGGAAAGAAUUUUGGCAUUGUCAAAAAUAACUCAGCAAAGAUUGAUAAUAAUUUGAGGCUUCUCUUCACUGCACAUGAUGUCCUGGCAUCAAGAGGAAACCCCUCAUAGAUUUCUGAUCCUGCAGAACAAUUGGAAGAGUUCACUGAGGCCCAAUCUGACCUCACUGCCAGCUACUGUGUUGAAAACCCUUCAGCGACAUGGCUGAAUGUAGAGUCCUCAUGAAGAGAAAAUAGGCAUCUCUGGGAUCUCUAAAAUGAUGAUGAACAAAGAAGUUCCUCGAUCAUGGAAUCGAUAAAACAGGCUGUAGUGUUUUGUGGCCAUGUCUUUUGCCUACUGACAAGCAAAAUGCAGGUCUGGGGAGUGAGCAGGUCAAAGAGCAUGGGAUGCAGUCACGCAAGAAAGGAUGACAGAGAUCAAUAAUUAUGUGUCAAAGAACUAUAGGUCGGAUUCUUUUUAAAAAUGUCACAUUAAUUUCCUUCAUUUGUUAUGUAUCAGAGUGUGGAAGAAAGAUGAAUUCUGUGAUCAUCUGUUGAAAAUAUAAGUUGUCUAGAUGACCCUUCUAAAUAAUCUAAAAGAAGGCAUCUUGAUCUUUAUU